GCAUCGCAGCCCCGGGUUUCCAAUAUUUUGAUGUAGAAGAACAUGGCGGAGCAGUCGAAAUCCUCAAAGCAAUUUAGACGAUCUCAGAUUAUAAAGUUAAGAACAAAUUCAGAAUCAGAGAGUGAAGAGGAGUCAGAAGAUGACUUUUUCGACAAGGAGAAAAUAAAAAAGAAAUUUUUAUCAGCUUGGAACAAUGUAAAAUAUGGUUUCAAUGUUCAGUACAAACCUACUUUCAAAGAAGAGUUGCCAAUCUGGUUUUUGGGCCGUUGCUACCACAUAAAAAAUUUAGAACUGGCAUCGGAUGAUAGAGAAAUUCAAGACAGACAUAAAAUCUUAAGUUUAGAUCAAUUCUUUGAAGACUUUUCAUCUUUAAUAUGGUUAACUUAUCGUAAACAUUUUUCUCAGUUAGCAAACUCAAAUAUUACUUCUGAUGGAGGUUGGGGUUGUAUGUUACGAACUGGACAAAUGUUACUGGCGAAUGCUAUUUUAAUACACAUGCUUAAGGAAGGAUGGCGAACGUCACAAAGAGCUACUGAAAAAAAUUUUAUAUACAGAAUGAUUGUUCGAUUCUUUAAUGAUGAAGAUAGCGAUUACAGUCCAUUUUCACUGCAUGAGUUAGUUCGUAUUGCAGAAGCUUGCGGAAAAAAGGCAGGCGACUGGUAUGGACCUAACUCUGUAGCAUAUGCAUUGGGAGUUGCUGUAAAUACUACACCACACCCUGGCUUGGAAACGUUAUGUGUGUAUGUUGCUCAAGACUGCACGAUAUACAAAGAAGACGUAGCAAGACUAUGCAGAAAUUUUAAAAACUGUUAUGAACCAACAUAUCAGGAUAAAUCUUGGAGAUCUGUUCUUAUACUUGUACCUGUACGUCUGGGAAGCGAAGGUUUGAACCCGAUAUAUAUCCCGUGUUUACAGACGUUAUUAACAUUAGACCAUUGUGUUGGUAUCAUUGGUGGACGACCAAAACAUUCAUUAUAUUUUGUUGGUUUUCAAGAUCAAAAAUUAAUCAACCUCGAUCCUCAUUAUUUGCAAGAAACUGUGGACAUGAGUGUGGAAGAUUUUCCUGUAGAUAGUUUUCAUUGUCAAUAUCCAAAGAAGAUGGCUUUUAGCCAGAUGGAUCCGUCUUGUGCUAUCGGUUUUUAUUGUAGAUAUAAAGAAGAUUUUGAAAGUUUCUGUAGACAAGCUGUAGAUGUUUUAAAUCCGCCGAUGCAGAAAACGGAAUACCCGAUAUUUGUUUUUGACGAAGGUUUUAAUCCUAACCGUACUACUGACGACUUAAUCGAUGGAACGAGAGAACACCAAACUAUACAAAUUGAAACUCCGCGGAGGAGACACAAAAAACAUAAAAAGAAGAAAAAACAUCCGAAACCCGAAUCUACAACGGAAGAAUACGUACUAGUCGAUUAAGUUUUAAAUCACAAUCUCCUCUGACUGCAAAAUAAUUUUCUUGCUUGGUUGAUUUGGUUGAAAAAAACGAAGUUAACCGUUAUUGUUAAAUGAGGGAUCUGGUACUGGAUGUUUGGAAUCGAAGAGAAGUCCGGUACUAGUAGAAUGCUGUUUAAAGUUAUUCGUACAAUCCUUGUGUUCACAUUUCUAUUGAAUGCCACUAUAUGCAUGCCAAGUUGUUCAUCAUUCUCUAAUUUAGAAAAUUUCACAAUCAGUAAGUUUUACUUUGCAGAAUUCAGUUUUUCUGUUGUGGAAACCAACUGAAAUUCACGAGAAAAAUAAAUAAAAUAGGCCUUUUUUUAAAUUAUUUUUUCCUUGUGUAGAUUAACGCUAUAUUUUCAUAUUGUUUUAUUGUGUAAAAUAAGACCUGGUAUAUACUUCCUAGAAAAAAGUAAGAUUUUUUUAUAAAUAUUUGUGUAAAUCUAAGUUAAGGACAUUUGUUUCAUUAACCAGUGUAGGCCCAGUGAAGAAUAUUUUUUCAAUAUUUUGCUGCGCUGUUUUUUUGAAAAUCCUUACAAUUUUCAGUUUGUUCUAAAAUGUUAAUAAUUUAAUA